CCUAGCAUAUAGAUGGGUGCAAAUACGAAACUAAGACACGUGGUCCGUUGCUGAAGAAAUUCCGGUGAAAACAUGCAGGAUCUAGCAAAAGGUCUGUAGCUGUGAGGGAAGGUGGAUGGCCCCAUAUGAGAGGUAGAUUUUUGAGAAGGGCAGAUAGGGUUCUUGAUUGUGCACAGUGUCUAAAUCCCCAUGUUUGGUACUGUGAUGGUGUGGGGGUGGUGCGGAUUAGCCCAAAUGAGGGAAAAUCAAAGCAAAAAAGGGGAACCUGCUCAGAGCAUGUUUUGUGCACCAGCACCAGUAUUUAUAGAUUACAUGUAAUUUAGGGUCAUAAUUUAUUAACUACACUAAUAUGAAAUACAAGUAUUGACAUAAAAGGGAAAUAUGAUUUUUCAUUAGUCUGUCAUAAUCUGACUUUGGUGUAUACCCCCUAUCCACAUGUUUCAAAACCAAAGAAACUGUCCCCUGCCACCUACGAUCCGUAGCACAUAAAGAUUAACUUGUACUCUAAAAGCUUCGGAAGCUAUUAUGGCCGGCCUUCAGGCCUUAGAUUUAUCAGGUGGUGGUAUGGUAUAGACCCCUACUAUUAUUAUUACAGACAAAAUUACAGGUUUCUGUGAAGGUACAUGCGCACUACUAUUUUUUUUGUUUCCUAACUAACAUGCUUAAUGUAUAUAAAGGCGAUAAAUAAAAACUUGUACAGCGUAAAUUAUUUGAUCCCAUCCCAGAUCAUGAGAUGAAAGCAUUCUUGCCUUCAGUUUUGUGAAAUGUCGAUUAUUUUGAUUCUAUCUAGGAAAAUCGUAUACUAUUUCAUGAAAUUUAGAAGGUUAUAUCCUGUUGCAAGAAAACUUCCUUCAUACUUAUAGAAAUAGCAAUUCGUGUCCAUGUGCUCUUGGAACAGCUGGUCACGUGAUUAUUUUCACAGAGUGUUACACAAUUACUGCCUUAUUACGUUCCCAUUUCUGCAUGACAAUAUACAUAGAAAACCCACACGCCCCGCACGUGAUACUGGCAAUAGCUGAGGCGGAAUUCAAUGCGCAACACGGUUAUUUUUUAAGGUGAUUAUAAACCUGUGGGAUAAAACUUCUCAAAGACUGCAUUUCACUUCGAUAGCAAUGGUGGAGUAAUACUAAACGUGAUGGCGGAAUGUACAGCUCAACAACCAGUUCCCUGUAGUGGUUGCAAAAACCCGAGUGCUUAUAACUGUAAAACUUGUGGGAUGAAAAUUUGCGAAGAAUGUGUUUCAAUUCAUUUAAAGAUUAAGUCGAAGGUGGGGCAUGUACUCGUUGACAUUUUGGAAGGCUGCAAUGACGAUAGCGAGGAUUGUAAAUGUCGGAGUCACCCGGAGUUUGAUUGCCAGGUAUUCUGCAAAACUUGUAACUUGCCUCUGUGUUUAAUCUGCUCUUCCACAAAACACAAACCACACGAUAUGGUGGAAUUGAUAGAAAUUAAAAAAGAGAUAAUCGGAAGUAUUGAAACAGAAAAUGAAGUUCUGCGAAAUCUCAAACCUGUAUAUCAACAGAUUCUGCAGCACACUGAGUCUCGGCUUCUGUUUCUUUCAGUAAAUUAUCAAAAGCAAAGGGAUAAUAUCCACAAAUCUCGUGGAAGGGCAAUACUGAAAUCAAAAGAAGAAAUUGAUUAUAUUGCAAUUCAACUUCAAAGACAAUUGCGUGAUUUGGAAUCUGAAGACUUAAAAGGACUUAAACAUCAGAGAGAAUGCUUUGCAGAGAAACUUGCAAGUAUGGAAAAAUGCAUCGCAGGAAAUGAAGACCUAAAAACUUCAAGAAAAAUUGACGACCUUGUCACAUUCAAUCCAACAUCCGAUAUUUUCACAACUUUACCAGAAGUGCAUUCACAUGGCACACCAGAAUUUCAUGAGAAAAUGUUUGAAAAUUUUGAAUUGAAGGAGCAUUUUGGAGAAAUCUCUAACCGAAUAAUUGUGGAACAUUCUGUGUACAAGGUGGACUGUGUUGAAAACAUGGAAAAUCGUAUUAAAAAUGUUCUUAAACAUCCAAAUGUGUUGCAUAAAUUCAAUGUCAAAUCAUUGUCGUUCAGAGAUUUUGAAUCUGUGCACAUGAUGGUGUAUUUCAGUCACAACAGAGUGUGGAUCGGUGGAAAGAGCAAAUAUUUGUAUCUUGUGGACUUUAAUGGAAAUCUUCUUGAUCAGAUUGACAUUCCUUGUUCAGGAACUUAUUUGACGUUGACACCGAAGGGAAACCUCGUGUUAAGCAACAGCCCGGAGAAAGUAGUCAAAGAAAUACUUUGCGACAGACGUUUAUCGACAUUUAUUGCCACUAGUCCUUGGGAACCGAGAGGAUUGACCUGCACGACAGCUGGUGAACUGUAUGUAUGCUUAUACAAAAAAGACGACUCAAAGGUCGCAAAACACUCAAACACGGGUGAAAAUUUUUUGGAAUUUCAGUUCGACAAUGAAAACCACCUACUGUACGAGAUACCCGACUACAUUGCCGUCAACGCCAACAGAGACAUUUGCACGACGGAUGUGGGUAAAUCAUCUGUUGUGGUUAUCAACGCGAGUGGAGAACUCCGUUUUGCUUACAAUGGAAAGAUACCUUCCCAAGGAAAACGUGAAUUCCUCCCUACUAGUAUUGCGACAGAUCGAUGUGGACGGAUAUUGAUAGGAGACGCCAAUAAUCCCUUUGUACAUGUUAUUAGCUCUGAAGGUGAAUUCAUUCAGUUUGUGUCGCCUAAGAAUGGAAUACGAUGUCCAUUUGCUAUUUGUGUCGCGGAUAAUAAAUUUCUGAUAACCGGACAAAAGGACUCUGGAGAUUUACAUGUUAUGAAGUAUCUUAAAUGACAAUAGAAAAAUGUCAUUUUUAAGAGUUACUAAAUUUGAAUCAUCAUGAAAUGACAAAAAUGUUUAAAAAAAUCUUUUGUUACAAA